GGUUUAUCAUAUGAGCACUUCUUUAUUCUAUAUAUAGGGAAAUAAAGUAUGAAUGAAUUAAAACGAUCAUAUUAAAAUGACUAAUUAAUUAAGUCAUUAAGUGAGAAUGUAUUCGGGAAGUACGCAAUAAAUGAUUAGGAAAUGAUACAUUCUUAUAUUAGAGUGAAAAUGUAUUAUAUUUCAAAACUGGGAGAACGCUGAAAACUCGGAGAUCAAACCAAGAGUUGUUUUGUGUCAGGUAACAUUACAUUGGUCUGUUUGCUCUACGGUCCAUUGCCUCCAAAACAGCAGGUGCGCUAAGCGAACCGGAAGGACAUAUACUAGCUAUACAUAUACCUAUAUGUGACGAUUUGGAAACAGUUGUACAAUUAGCUGUGUGACGAAACGAAUCAUUGUUUUGAUGUGAUCGAUAUAGCAGUGUCACAUAUCCGAGAAUCUUGCUGCAGAAAUCGAUGAUUCUGUGACCAUACUAUAGGGACUGUGUCGUCUGUCAGUAUAGCUCACCACGGUAGUCCGUACUGGAGACGUAGGGACGGGCAGUGAUUUAUAGCGAGUACCAGCGAUCAGCUGACUGCCUGUUACAGACGGAAGAACACGUUUAUGACCCCCGGGUAGCCGAUCAGGACGUCAAUACCAGGCCUGCCCGAGAGAUGCCAGCCUGACGGAUCAGUGUGUGUGUGUGAUCUGAUGAUAACUACACAACAACCGCCGUACAUUCUAUACUGUUUAAAGACUCGUGACCCAUGGUUAAUUAUGUCUUAACAGGAUUACUGACUGUAAGAAUUCUAGUCUGGAGAUGUUGACUGGAAUUAUUUUAAUCUCAUGGCUGUGUUUUUUACCAGGUAGUAAUGGCGAGGUGUGGAUGGACACCACCCCGAUCAAACAGAUUGUGAAAGCAGGGGACACCACCGUGUUAGCCUGUAGUGUGGAGAAUCUGGGCAGAAAUGUGGUGAGGUGGUUUGGACCAGGCCACGCCCUUCUGUUCAAUGGGGAUUACGCUGUGACACCAGACCGCCGAUUUAGCCUGACUCACCCCUACAUCAGUUCCUGGAACCUGGUCAUCAAGAACGUGAAGACGGGGGAUGAGGGUCUGUACAUAUGUCAAGUACAGUCAAGCACAGAAACCUUGACAAAGAAGGUCACAGUAGAAGUUCAAGUUGCUCCACGAAUUCUUCCAUCUUCAUCUAGUGAAGACCAACAAGUGCUGGAAGGAAGUGAUGUCACCCUGGUGUGUGGAGCCACAGGAUCCCCCACCCCCAAAAUCAUGUGGCAUGUGCUCAAAAAUAGUGAAACUAAACAGCUGGAUACAGGAGAACAGCUUGUUUUCUCCAAUAUAAGUCGGGAGGAGACUGGCGUGUACACAUGUACUGCAUUUAACGCAGUAAUUCCCCAGGCUUACAGGCAUAUCAAAGUGGAUGUAGAAUAUGCCCCAUCAAUAAUUGUAAAAACCCAGGAGUUAUCACAGGAGAGGGGCAAGCUAGCUUACUUAGAAUGCACAGUGGUGGGUUUCCCCCAGGGUAGGAACUACUGGAAGAAGGAUAACCGGAUACUGGUCCGCGACUGGAACUACGAACCCCUGGAUUACCCACUGAAUGCCACCACCAACGUGAUGAACCUCCAUAUCAAACAGGUGGAGCCCCCACAGGGGUUCGGGGUCUACUACUGUGUGGCUGAGAACAAGCAUGGGACGGCGGUCGGCAAUGUGACCUUGAAUGAAAUCACCACCACUACCACAACCACUACAACAACCACGACUCCUGCCCCGACUACCACAAUAACCACCACCACCUCUACCACACAAUCAACAACAGGAUCCACCAUCAGGCUAUCCACUCCUGGGUCUCCGCAGCCCUCCACUGUCUCCACGACCUCUACAUCCUCCCAGAGGCCCCCCACCCCACCAGUCCACACACUGUCCACUGCCCGGCCAGUGAUUACCUCCCCUUACAAGCCAGUUGUCACUACAGGUCCAGGAUAUGAAAUUGACCCUGGUAAUCAAGAAAAUGGUGCAAGCAUUCCCUCUCCAUGCAGAGCAAUAAUCCUCCUAGUUUUUACAGUAUUAUUUAUGAUAUAAUUUAUUAAUUGUUGUAUGCAGAGAGAAAGCGAGAAAGAAAGAAUUAAGUUUAAUUGUUGAAGAGAAAUGGUUGUGAUGAUCUUCUUUCAAAUUCGGAGAGAGAGAGAGAGAGAGAGAGCUCCAAUAUGUGUAUAUUGUUCAUGUGUCAUUCUAGUCUGGUUUACAGCCAACUUAUUAACUUCUACAACUUUGUCUCUAGUGUUCAGAACAUUUUGUGCAAUAAGAUCUGAAUUCACCAUUACAUAUAUAAUUAUCUCUUUUUUUAAAUAACUGGAUUGUUUUUUUUAAUAGUGUGAAUUUAAUUAAUUCAUAACAAUAUUAAUAAUCCCUUAAAACAGUUCAUCCAAAAUGAAAAUUUGCUUCAUCUUAAUGCCCAUGUGACAUGAUGAUAUAGUGCUGCACGAAUGUUUUAACAUAAUUUUAAUAACAUUGUUCAUCAUCAAAACAAUCAAAUCUUAAAAAUAUGUUUUGUUUCUUUCAUUUAUGUGUACUUUCUGUAACAAAAUAAUGUUCCUUAAUUUUUCAAAUCAUUAUGCAGUAUUAUGUGUAUAUAUUUAUUAAUUUGUUUUUUGUGCCAAAGGAUCUCCAUGUCUUGUACAUUUUUAUUGAUAUUGUUAGGGAUAUCAGUCUUUCAUACAUGUUCUCUACAUUACAGCAUGAUGAUUUUUGAACUAAAAAUCACAGUCUGAAAUGGAUAAAAGCACAUUAAUUUUUGUCUCAGACAUUCAUUAAUGUACACAUUAAUUAUUCAUACUGCCUCAUUUACAGUACAGUGGUAUAAUACUGUAGUUGUUUUAGCUGUGUUGUUUUGUUUUUAAAAAGAAUUGUAUUUUAUAAACUUUGCAUGAGUUUUAUCACUAGAUUUUUAUUUAGGAAUGAUUUAAAAGCAGGAUACAUUUUUGCUGGUUGUGAGAAUAAAAGAAUAAAAUUGGUCAGAAA